AAAACCCGUAAAAAACCCAACAUUUUAACGCGACGUCACGGUACCGUUACAAAAUGUAUUACGUGGCACUCAAAAAUUGACGUGGCCAAUAUAUGCCAUUAGUAAUUCAACGUGGAUGUUUUUUUGAUGACGUGGUUUACUUAAAUAAAAAAUUAAAAAAAAUAAAAAAUUUUGCUCUGGGUUCACGAACCCAGAGGGAGGAACCCGAUCUGGUGGCAGAGCCGCAGAGCCAUUGACAGCACUGAUACGCCAAUGGCAGCACGUGAGGAAGGAUGGCGCGUGAGUCAACUCGUAAAGAGGGAGCGUGAAAAUGCUGCCAUCCCGCUGUAUAGAAAAUCGUCCCAGCAGGAAACUUUGCUUGCUCUCUCCACUGACAUUGCCCCAAGGCGCUGUGUAUAUGUGACCGUGAAAGAGAGAGACUUGGGAACUGUGCGCGGUCCAGCUCCUCCGAAACUCACCAAACCCAUUUCGAGCUAGGGUUUUCUGCUGUUAUCUUCUUCAGUCUACUUCAAAUACACCCAAAAAUACCAGCACGACUACAGAGAGAUUAACUAGCUUCCUUCAGGUGGUGUGGGUCAGGUGGGAUUUUGAGGAAGAUACAUAUUUUGUAGUUUGCUCUUUAACCACUUUCUGAGAAAGAGAAUAUAAAAGAUAAUGCAGACACCAAAAGCAAGGUAAGACAAAUAUUGUCAAGUGCUUUUACAGCUUUCUUAUCCAUUUUUUCCAUUUAGAGUUUUGUAGAGUAUUGUUCUUAAUGGCUAACGUGAUUUCCUUUAACUUAGUGGUGUACUAUGUGCCGCUUCGAGUAAUAUCCCUCUGCUCUAUAAAUGAGUACUUCAUGA